UGUGGAUGGCAUCUUCAGAGAAGAAAGGAUGUUGGCACACAUACGCAUCCCUGUUUAACCCAAAGAGCAAACAACCUCUUGGCUUUUAAACCAACACAAGGAACCAAGACAUACGAAAGAUGGAACAGAGCCCUUUGGCACCGCAGAGGAGGAGUGCAACAUUUCUCCAGAAGCGACCUUUGGGAAUAGCAUAGGUCAAGCAUGCCCCUAUUUUUGUUUGCAAGAUGUUGGAAGAGAGAAGCAGCAUGCAUCCUGCAGAAUUCCCUUCUCCUUUGCAGGGAUUGUUGUGAGUAUAGUGCACAGGCAUGUAUUUUUCUGCAAUUCGGUUAGUCCCGGGUGCUGGUUUGUGUCUGAUUUCUGUUCCUUUUUUACACACCUCCCAUCUGCACCCACCCACAAGCCAUCUAAGGAGAUGUAAGUGAACUGCUACACCCAAAGAGAGAUUGAGAGAGAGGGAAGGGCAGAAGAAAACACAACCAAAGGAGUUGCAGAGACAAGAGGCUCCAUCAACUGGUCCACCAGAAGGUUGUCCACCUGGGCUGGGCAGAAGACGCCAAGCCAGCGUCCUUUCCACCAUGGGGCAGAAGUUUAUGGAGACAGUGACCUCUUUCCUCUUUGAAUAUGACACGCCAAGGAUGGUGCUGGUCCGGAACAAGAAGGUCGGGGUGACUUUCCGGCUCAUCCAGCUGGUGGUCCUAGCCUACAUCAUUGGAUGGGUGUUUCUCUACGAAAAAGGCUACCAGUCCAAGGACGGGAUCAUCAGCUCCGUCUCCGUGAAGCUCAAAGGCUUAACACUGACCAACUUUAGCGAUAUGGGUCCGUACAUUUGGGACGUGGCGGAUUAUGUUUUCCCACCGCAGGGAGACAGUUCCUUUGUGGUGAUGACCAACUUCAUUGUAACUCGGAGACAGAAGCAAGAAACGUGUCCAGAGCAUCCGGAUGCAAGCAAAUGCGAGGAAGACAGUAAAUGUGCGCAAGGGAAGUUCCUUCGCCAGGGUCAAGGGAUCAUGACUGGGAAAUGUGUGAAUUUCAGCCAUGCGCAGAAGACCUGUGAGAUUUAUGGCUGGUGCCCUGUAGAGAUUGAUGAUGAAGUGCCCAACCCACCGCUGCUUCUAGCCGCUGAAAACUUCACCUUGUUUAUCAAGAACAGCAUCACGUUCCCCAAGUUCAAAGUCUCCAGACGCAACCUUGUUGAGAAAAUCACCAAGCCCUACCUGAGGAACUGCACCUACCACAGAGUCAGGGACCCCUUGUGCCCUGUGUUUGAGCUGGGCUACGUGGUGAAGGAAUCUGGGCAGACCUUUUCGGUCCUUGCUCGGAAGGGAGGCGUUGUAGGCAUCACCAUCAGUUGGGACUGUGACCUGGACUGGCCCGUGAGAUACUGUGUCCCUGUUUACCAGUUUCAUGGGCUUUACAACGAAGACAACAACAUCUCUCCGGGCUUCAAUUUCAGGCACGCCAGAUACUACAGAGAAAACGGAAGGGACCUCAGGAACCUCUACAAGGUGUUCGGCAUCCGCUUUGACAUCCUGGUGAACGGAAAGGCAGGAAAAUUUGACAUCAUCCCAACCAUGACUACCAUCGGUUCUGGGAUUGGCAUCUUCGGCGUAGCCUCUGUAGUUUGCGAUGUGCUCCUGCUGAAUUUCCUAUCCAACCGGGACUACUACAAGCAGAAGAAGUUCAAGUACGCACAACAGGACACUAUCCCACCUGAAAAAGAGGACGCCGACAGCUCCUUCAUGUACAACUUGCAAGGGAAGGAAAAGGGGCCUCAAGGAAAUUGAUCACUUCUUGCACCGCACAUCAAUGCUGUUUCCUCUCCCUUCUUCCCAAACAUGCCGCCAUUGAUCUCCGGGACGGAUCACCUUUUCCCCGCGCAACGCCUUACACACCCCUUGGAGAAGGGCAUCUUGACUGAACCCUUCCAUGUUUUUUAGCACAGUGCGCUGGGAUGGCACCACAGUCAAUGCACAUUUUAGAUGGCGGUCGUAUUGUGUGUCGGAGUGAGGCGAUGGCCUCAAGUGGGGAAUGAUGGUGAGGAGUUGGUGGACGGAGCUGCGGGUGCCGCAUGGACUAUCCUGUACCUUCGCUAAACUAUCCUACUUCCCCUAGAUAUGAGAGAAGAUACCGAUCCUUCACCACUGUUGGACUGAGGUACUACUAUUGGUUGGGUUCGCUUCCAUAUGCAGGACGUUUGGGUCGCCAUCUUGUCCUCCGCUGAAAGACAAGUCAGGAAGGGAUUGCAAAGUUUGAGAUCUGGAAGGGAUUGCAGAGCAUGGAGUAUGAGGCAUUUGUGGCAAAGGGAUGGAGGUUUUCGCGAUUCCCAUCUAAGCCGACGCUGCCGAAAGUGGGAAAUUCCUCCAGUCGUGUUGCAAACCCAGCCAACUAAUGCUUUACUUGCUAUGGGGAAAAUGGCGAACCAGUUCAAAUUUAGCCACAAUUUAUAAUCCUCGGUGGUGGGCAUGAGGACCAUUCCUUUGAGGCGGCGCCAGUGCCUUCAAAAAUGCAAUGUGAUUUUCUCCCUGAAACAUGGGCACGGCUGUCCGCUAGCAUGCGCGGGCAGACCCUUGGGACCGAAAGGUUCGCGCACACGUAUACACACAAACACAGCCUUUCGCACCCGUUCUUCACUACCUCCCGCAAUCCUUUUCUACCAACAAGUGUUCCUGUUGCACGAAUCCAGGGGAAAGUGUGGCUGUCGAAGAGAGAUUUUGAAAUACUAGGUUUUAUUUUGGGGUGUAUAAGGGCGGGCCGGACAUUGGAGAGAAAACAAGAGAGCAAUAAAAACUCUACUUUU